GGAAUUUUUAUUUGCAUUCAUUGUUAUAAAAGUAAAGGGUGGCUCGGAAAGCCAUUAAGUACACUAGUAGGCUGGGAAAGGAGGAUUGGUUUAGGCACACACAAAAAACCCAAUUGAAGGUGGAACGACUUGAUGUCCCAACUGAGUGCCAAAAUUACUCUGAAUCAUCCCAUAAAGCCUGGGUAAAUGGGUCCACUAAAUGAUGAGUUUAAAAUGAAGAGUUGCAUAAAACUAAAUGACGUAUAAAAGGUCUUUAGAAUCCUUUUCUUUUUUUUUUUUCUCUAUUCUAAUUUUAUAUCUUAUGGACCACCAAGACAUUCCUCAACAUAUUCCUGUGCAAACAGCUGUUGUUCCAGAACAGAAGCCAUACCAACAAAAACACAUCAUCCGCACUCCUUCUAUUUCUCCUCCUCCUCCUCCAAAGAGCGAGCGAAGAAUUUCUCAGCACAGCUUAUCACCUGAAAAAUUAGGUGUUGUGGGCUAUGUGAAAGAUGUGGCAGGGUUUGUUAAAGACGUUGUGCAAGAUCGAAAAGAAAAGAAAAAUCACAAGGAGACGGGUGAAAAGCUAAUAGAAGGACACGAAGAAGACAGGAAAGCUCCUAGAAGUCCAAGUCCGGAGCCAGCUCAACAACAACAACACAAAUCUACUCCACUAGCCGAAGCUGUAACUGGCUUAUUCCCUAUUGAUCACGGAUGCAUUCACGCAGAUGAUCUUCGACAGCAAAUGAUGCAAGUGAACGAACAGGAACGUAAGCUUUUAUAACUUUCUUUGCUUUCGUUUAUUGGCAUCUUCAGCUAUUUCCUUUGCUGUCUCGGAGAUAACCUCAUACUGUUUGUGUAUAAUAAAGAGUUAAUAAUAAAGCAUAACCUUUCUCAAUUUCUUA